AUGGACAAGGUUAAUAGAAUUAUCAACCAAGUGUUUGACCAGGAAGGCUGCAGCCCAUUGCAGUACUGGCUCAACAUGCAAUUGCACAUUCAACACAGUUUAUUCAAGGAUAAUGAAUCCCUUCAAAAAAUGAAUAAGUGGUGUAGGAUCCUCAAAACAAUGCUUGCAGCUGCUGCACAGAAUCCUGGUGUGACUGGAGAUGUCAAGAGAAAACUUGCCACAGAGGCCAAGAUCAGAGAACUGGACACCAUAAUUCAGGCUGUAUUGGACAUAAUGACCUUGGGCAAUGAGGUGCAGCUCAACUUUGAAGAAAUAAUCCCUCUGACAGACUGGAGGAGUGACAUUGAGGAAUGA